CAAACUUCAGCCAAUCAGUGAUCGUGUAAGGGCAUUACGCGAUUACAAGAUGGCGGUAGUUCAGUUCGUUGGGUAGUCUGUAAUUCUUCAGUACGAGGUUAUACAUCUGUUUGAAAGGUUGACAACUGACAAAAUACUGAUAUUACUGCAUCAUGGAUCUGGUUCUAAAUGUGGCCGACCACUACUUCCUGACUCCCUAUGUGUACCCCGAGACGUGGGCGGAGAAUGACCCUGUACGUCAAGUCCUCAGUCUGCUCGCCAUUGCCAAUGUGGGGGGCUACCUGCUCUACCUGAUUGUGGCAUCAUUCACCUAUGUGUUUAUAUUUGACAAAAGACACUUGCAACAUCCACAGAUACUAAAGAACCAGGUGUUCCUGGAGAUCCAGGUGGCCUGCACCUCCAUCCCCUUCAUGAGCGUCCCCACAGUCGCUCUCUUCUUCCUGGAGGUCCGAGGGUACAGCAAGCUGUAUGACUCAGUGCAGGACACCAGGCUAGGUUGGAUUGGAGUGUUCUCCAGUGUGAUGACGUUUAUCCUGUUCACGGACAUGUGUAUCUACUGGAUCCACCGCUAUCUGCACCACAAGUAUGUGUACAAGUGGCUUCACAAGCUGCACCACAAGUGGAAGGUCCCCACCCCCUUCGCCAGCCACUCCUUCCACCCCCUGGACGGCUUCUUGCAGUCCCUACCCUACCACAUCUAUCCCUUCCUCUUCCCACUUCACAAAGUCACCUACCUUGGUCUCUUCAUAUUCGUCAACUUAUGGACCGUGUCCAUCCAUGAUGGAGACUACCGUGUUCCAAGGCUUCUUCGUCCGUUCAUCAAUGGGUCUGCACACCACAUGGACCACCACUUGUUUUACCUGUACAACUAUGGACAGUUCUUCACACUCUGGGACAAGAUUGGGGGGUCCUUCCGCAGCCCCAGUGCAUUAGAGGGCUGUGGCCCGCUGGACGAGGUCAUGAAGAUGCAGAAAAUAAAAGACAGAGAAAAUGGGACUGUUAUGAAUGGGAAUGCCAAAAGUCAGAAUGGCUACAACCUGCGUAGUCGAAAGAAUAGUUAAAUUAUGUGAUACAGACAUGUGAAGAUGGAAGGGAAAAGGGUUGUGAAAUGAUGUAUCUCCUUUUAUGUCCGGAUUUUAAUAUGUUCAUGUGACACGCAGUUUAUUGUAGGUCCCUGUUACCAACUAUGUGUACUGGGUAAUGAUCCCCACCUUGACCUGACCCUUGCCUACAUUCACUGCUAAUCUGACAGGAAUGUUUGCCCACUUAUGUCUUUUUGUGAGCUGUUGAGAUGAUCCUGUCAAGAGAGUUGUCUUUCCUGUUACCAUGGCAACACUAAAUACGCCCAUCCUGGCAUUAAUAUGUACUUAUUUUCAGUACAAGUACCUUUUUAACAUUUUAAAAACAUUUUCUUGCUAGUUGCUUACGAACUGAAAUAGUAUUUUUAAAGUGAAAAUGUUUUUUACACAUCGUCAGAUCAUAGGUUUUCGGACAUCAUACAUUUUCAGACAUCAUUGCUCACUUUGGGUGUCAUGCGAGGUGUUGCGUCACUCAGAAAUUGUAAAUUCUACACUGAUGGUUUGUGUUUAGGAUAAUGUUAUCUGAUAGUAACCUAGUGACAUGUUUUACAAUUGGUUAUGCAAUAAUCAAAACAACAACGGAUGCUCUUAACUGUCCGAAAACCUAUAACAUGAAUAUAUAUUUAUGUGGAUAGCAUAUGUAAUAAGAAAUUAUAGUCUUUAAUGGUUACUUUUGUCAUUGAUGUGAUCACUGUAAUAGUUAACAUUGGAACAUGUUUCAUGUCUGUUUACCUCUUGAGAUCAGAACAACAGUUCAUGUCUAUACAAUAAUGCAUACAGAAACAAUGCUAUUUUUUUAAAUACUGAAGAUAUCGCUAAAGGAGUGGUUUGACAGAGUAAGUCACACACUGUCAGUGUUUGUCCUCCUACUAGUAGUAGGAAAUCAUUAAAGAAAGGGUCAAAUAUUGUUUUAUUUCUGACCAAAGAAUAUUGUAACAGUAAAGGAAAGAAUUUGGAUCAGAAGCAGUGAAUAUUUUUUUCAGAUAUUUAGUCUCCUUGUUUUCAUGUUGUAUGUUAUGCUUGAUUUAAGUGUUUAGCGAUACUUGCAAUAUGUCAGCAUUGUUGUUGUUGAAGCUAUUUGUGAUCUCACACGUAUUUGUAAUGUAUUACUGGUUUAUGUUGUCUUAUUUCAGUAUAUGUCAGACCCUGUUUAUGAUCGCCAUUCCAAAGAUCACCAUAGGCUGUGUGUUUGUGUAACUACGCUAAAUUAUUCACCAUAACUCCAUUAGUUUCUGUAUCUUAACUCAAAUAAUCCUGAAAAGAUGCAAAUGGACUAGAGUAUGUCAACACUGUGUGUGAUUACUAAGUCUAUCCAUCCUGGCUGUGUGUCAGGAUGUCUUCUCAGAUACUUUUGUUCAGGUUUCAUGUAAAGAUGAACUUUCCUGUAGUGAAUAAUGCUCAAAGUGCUUAUCAGUGGCUUCAAAGUUCUGAAGUUCUGUUAAAUGAAUAUUCAGAACUAAACCAAGGUGGUGAAAACAUUGAAUGCACUAAGAGAAAUAUUAGUAGCCAGUGUAAGUAAUAACAUGAGAGUAAAUGUUCAGGGACAUGGAAGGUUACCUGAGCACCAUUAUUAACAGUGUACCUCAUGACAACAGACAUCCUGUUUCUCCUUGAUGACAUAUCAUUCAAUUACCUUACCAGAGAUACCAACCCAUACGAUUUUAUUGUAUUCGUUACGAAAAUAUAACACAAAAAAGCGUGAUACGAUAGCAGUCAAAAUAUA